AUGAGCGGCCAUGACUACUGCCUCCAUUGCAAGUGCAACCAACCUACAACAAAAACUAUAUCGCCCCCGGCCGAAUAUCUUCGAGAAGCCGACUCGCCACUCCCCAACACCCUCAACGCCACCCUGGCCGCCACUCUCCUCGCCUCUUUUCAUCCUCCCGCAACAACCGUGACCGACACAACCCCAGACUCACGCAAUCCAGCCCCCCCGCCCCCCUUCCUCUUCCCGCUUGCUCCUCCCCAAGCCCGGAUUCCAACCUCGCCGCCAACUCCCCAGCCAGCAAGACGCCCAACAACUUGGACGUCCGCUACCUCUACCCAAUAA